GCCUGUAAUCUCAGCACUUUGGGAGUCCAAAGUGGGUGGAUCAUCUGAGGUCAGGAGUUUGAGAUCAGCCUUGCCAACAUGGCAAAACCCCAUCUCUACUAAAAAUACAAAAAAAUUAGCAGGUGUGGUGGCAGGCGCCUGUAAUCCCAACUACUUUGGAGGAUGAGGCAGAAGAAUUGCUUGAACCUGAGAGGCAGAGGUUGCAGUGAGCCGAGAUGGUGGCAUUGCACUCCAGCCUGGGCAAAAGAGCAGAGACACUGUCUCAAAAACAAAAUGGCCAGGUCCACGUGGUGGCAGACAGUUGUAGUACUAGCUUCUCAGGAGGCUAAGGGAGGAGGAUUGCUUGAUUCCAAGAGAGUUCAGGGCUACAGUGAGCCAUGAUGGCACCACUGCAGUCCAGCCUGGAUGACAGAGUGAGACCCUACCUCUUGGCGGGGGUGGGAAAUAGUAGUUUUUCUACUGAAUACUAUCACCCUUGCACCAUUGUAAAGUCAAAACAGUCAAAAGUCUAACCAUUGAAAUUGGGACAAACUUAGUUAUUGAAAAGUAGUUUGCUAUUCUCUCAGAACGUAUUGCUAAAAAUGUACUCUAUGUCAUUUGGAAUUAAGCUGAACUGAGAUGACAUACUUUGAACACUUUGUAACUUGCUGCUGGGUUGGUCAUACCUUGACUUUAGGUACCCUGUAAGGAAAUGUCUCCAGUCCCUGUCCUUCUGUUCUCUCACAGCUUUCAUUUCUUGGGCUAUGCUGAUUAACUCCAUCUACAGCUAAAAAACAAUCAGGGAAUGGAAGUUAGAAACUGCUAUCCCUGGUGUGACAUGGUUUCCAGGCAGAAUGCUGGAAAGGUCAGAGUGCCUCCUUUACCAAGUAGUUCUCUGGAUUGGAGAAUGGUAGACUGUUAACACAGCAGUGAAAAAGAUGACACUUGCCUUUUAGAGGCUAUUAAAUGACCAGUGAUGGAGUAAGUGAUAAGGGUCCAGCUAGUCUAGGAGGCAGCUGUUUUUCCUCUUUAUUAACACAGGGAAACCAACAUACAGUUAGAGACUUGUCUACAUUCAAACUUCGUAUGACUUUUUUAAGCCACUGGCUCCUCCCAGACAGCCAAGGUUUCCCCACCCAUUCUCCUGACCUGUCCAGGCCUGUGGUUGCUGUCCAGGGAGCUAAGGCUCUCCCCAAACAUAAACUUGAAGAUCUCGCAGACUUAACAGACCUGGCCUUUCUUCUCUGCCUCGCUUUCUCUUUCAUCCCCCUCUGCCUUCCCCCUGCCCUUGCUCCCUUCUGCAGGUCUUGGCUGAUUUCAGGAAACUGGUCCCAUCCAUGGACUCCCACUCCGGGGAACCGGAGCUCCUGCCCUGUGGGACCUGUGACAUGGUUUUCCGCUCCUCAGCUCUGUUAGCCACCCACACACGGCGCUUCUGCAUUGGUCACCUGACCCAAGAGAUGACAUUUGGAGCACAGGCCUCAGUUAACACUGAACUCCAGCAGGCUGCGGUUGUACCACAAGAACUCCAGGGUCUCCCAGACCAGCAGACCAGUAAAUCUGCUCUAAAGAGUUUAGCAGAGGAGGUGCAGUGGCUGCGGCUGUCCCUACAGGAAAUGUGGCCCUGGAUAACAGAGGUCCCCAGGGUGUCCGCACGGCCCUGGACGCGUUCUGAGGCGUGGCCUCAGAGCCCCUUGUCCGAGGCGGUGGGAAGCCCCAGCGAGCGGCUGCAGGCGCUGCUCAGGACUCGCGCAAGGCGCAUGGUGGAGACGGAAGCUCAGAGCCGAGCCCUGCAGCGACGCGGCGAGGAACUAAGCCAGCGCCUCCAAGGUGUGGCCCGCCUAUCUUUCCUGGAACGGGAGAUUCGGGAACUCCGAGCUGAAGCCGGGCGAACACAGGGAGCACUAGAGGUGUUGGGGGCCCGCGUUCAAGAGCUGCAGACGGAGACAGGGACCCCACUCAACUCCCGGCGAGAGACAGAACUCUAUUGUCCAGGGUUAAAGGCCAACCCGGGAACUCUGGCUGCCGAAAUCUGGGCCCUACGGGAGGCCUACAUUCAAGGUGGAGGUCGGGACCCCGGCGUGCUGGGCCAGAUGUGGCAGUUGCAUGUGGAGGCAUCAGCACUGGAGCUGCAGCGGUCGCAGACCCGCAGAGGAAGGGCAGGUGCCUCCUCAGGGGAGCUUCCAGUAGUGGAGGCUGAAAACCGGCGCCUGGAGGCAGAAAUCUUGGCCUUGCAAAUGCAGAGGGGUCAGGCACCCUUGGGGCCCCAGGAUCUGCGACUCUUGGGAGGUCCCAGCCACCGACUGAAGGGCAGGAGAAAUCCCCCACUCCUCCCACCGCCACCGGUGGCCCCUCUGCUGCCACCAUUUCCAGGCUUCAGGGAGGUCCGGUUCUUGAGUGGCUUGAGAAAGGCUCCAGGGCUUCCUGGAACAAUGACCAGAAACUUGGGCCUGGACCCAUACUUCCUCCUGCCCACAUCGGACGUCCUGGGCCCUGCACCCUAUGAUCCUGGGGCUGGCCUGGUCAUUUUCUAUGAUUUUCUGCGGGGCCUUGAGGCUUCCUGGCUUUGGGUACAGCUAAGGACUGGCUUGACACGCGAUGGACAGGAUACAGAAAGGACCACAGCAUUGCCCCCAGCCCUUUGCCUGCCCCCACCUCUUGCUCCCGGGCCCACGGGCAACUGUGCCAUCCUUGCUAGCAGGCAACCUGUGCCCAGACUGCCACCCUCACCAUCAGUAUCAUUGGUCUGUGAGCUGCAGGUCUGGCAGGGGCUGGCAUGGACUAGGGCACCACAGCCAAAGGCUUGGGUCUCACUUGGGCUAUUUGACCAAGAUCAGCGGGUGCUAAGUGGCCGCUGGCGCCUCCCACUUCGGGCCCUUCCUCUAGAUCCUAGCCUUAGCCUUGGGCAGCUGAAUGGGAUUCCUCAGGCAGGUCAAGCUGAGCUCUUUCUGCGGCUGGUAAAUGCAAGAGAUGCAGCUAUCCAGGAACAGGCAGAGAUCAAUCCAGCAAGUGUCCAUGAGUACCAGUACCCACCUCUGGUGUCCAGCACAUCUUCACUGGAAGCCAAUUUCUCCACCCCCCCAGCUGGGUUUGCUGAUCCUCCACCUCCUACAGAAGAGCCCCUCAGUGGCAUCAAGGAGAGAUGAGGGUUUGGGCCCUCACCAGUUGACUUGCCCCAGUCCUGAGAACAAGGAAUGAGGCAAGAGGCCAAGCCCUGCUUAACUGCCCACCUCCUCUGUGUUUUCCAAAACUUCAUUUCCACUGGAGACGGCAUCCCCACUGCCUCCAUUCACCUCCGGCUCUUGUUUGGCUUUCUUUGCAUCAUCUUUCCGGGGACUCUCUUCCUCUGGUUUCCUCUAAAGAUAUAAUUAUGAAGACUUCACAAAUGUGUGUAAUGAUUUUAAAAAGACAACUGAAAAACAUUUCCUCAAUCCUUGUGGGCAAAGAUCCUGAACACCAAGAUUCACAGGUCUAAUGAAUCUUGCUACAGACAGAUGCUAACCUGUACUCCCAGAAUAAAUCUGUCCCAUCAUAAUA